CGAGCCGCACCCGCCGCGGACGGAGCCCAUGCGACGGGCGAGCCAAGUGCCCCGACCCCGGCCCCCGCCGCCGCCCCCGCCCCGGCCCCGGCCCCGGCCCCGGGGGCAGUCGUGCCAGUGAGCGGUGGGACAGGUGACCUCUGCGGUGCCUCGUACUGUGGUCCUUUGAGGAGCGAUGACGGAGUAUAAGCUCGUAGUGGUGGGCGCUGGAGGCGUGGGGAAGAGCGCCCUGACCAUCCAGCUCAUCCAAAACCACUUUGUGGACGAGUACGACCCCACCAUAGAGGACUCCUACCGGAAGCAAGUGGUCAUCGAUGGGGAGACCUGCCUGCUGGACAUCCUGGACACGGCGGGCCAGGAGGAGUACAGCGCCAUGCGGGACCAGUACAUGCGCACUGGGGAGGGCUUCCUUUGUGUGUUUGCCAUCAACAAUGCCAAGUCCUUUGAGGACAUCCACCAGUACAGGGAGCAGAUCAAAAGGGUGAAGGACUCGGACGAUGUGCCCAUGGUGCUGGUGGGGAACAAGUGUGACCUGGCCGCGCGCACCGUGGAGUCUCGGCAGGCCCAGGACCUCGUCCGCAGCUACGGCAUCCCCUACAUCGAGACGUCAGCAAAGACGCGCCAGCCGCUCUGGCUCUGGCUCCAGCUCCGGGACCCUCUGGGACCCUCCGGGACCCCCGUGACCCAGCAGCCCCUCUCGCUGGCGUGGAGGAUGCCUUCUACACGCUGGUGCGCGAGAUCCGGCAGCACAAGGCGCGCAAGCUGAGCCCGCCUGACGAGGGUGGCCCAGGCUGCCUCAGCUGCAGGUGCCUGCUCUCCUGACAGCGACGUGGGUGCGGGGUGUGGAGGUGCUGGAUGAGACAUGGGCUAAGGAUGCAGGGAAGGAAGGAAGUGCCGCCAGAGCCUGGCCAGCCCAGGUCGGUGGACAGAGUGACCGCGGGCCUCCCGGGACGCUUUGCACAGACUGUCAUGAACUGACGCCGGCGGCCCCCAGUUGUCACUCUCCUCCAGCCCCGUCCUGGCCCAGUGGGUACAGGCUGAGUUGCAGUAAAUUAUUUCAUGUCUUGA